GUCUGGUUCACUUUUCUUUCGAUUCUGUUGCUUUUAACACGUUCGGCGCGAAAUUUAUGGCUUCGCGAGGUGCUGCUGCUGGCUUUUUGCAGAUGUGUAUACGUAUUUUUUCGGCGGCGCUGGUACAUACCGCGACGAGGACGACCGUGUGUUGUGUGCUGUAUUCGGCUGCUCGACGGUGUUGCGGUCGGCCGGAUAUAUUUUGCGUUUUGUUGUUGCUGCUACAACAAUCUGCAGCUCUCGUCGUCGUCUGAAGAGAGAGACAAAAUAAGUGAGAAAUCAAAUCUCGAGGAGAGAUUUUUUUUGCAUAACGUUUGAUUUUUUUUUUCGUCGAUUGUUGGAUGAUUAAUAUGAUCGAUCGGUAUGUUGUGUUGAUUUUUUACGAAUUUUUCGACCAAUUUUGUUAACAAAAGUGUUCCGGUGAAAGAUCAAGACGUAACGUUUUUUUACACCAGUUGACAGUUACACGAGGUGGUUCUGGUUGUUGGUGGUGUAUUUGUUGUCGUUUUUCUCGGAAACCACCGUAGAAAGUAACCACUACCCGGGGUGCAGUCGAUCGCUGGCUGCUAUUUUUUGUUGUUCUUUUGUUCGAAGCAAGUACUGGUGUAUUGUUUUGUGUAUUGUGGUGGCGCGAGCUGCAGAGCCGAGGAGCUGAGUCAAAAACAAACAAUUGUCUGACCAUCCAUUCGAUGCGAUAUGGACUCGAGCUGAAAGGAGAUGGUGGUGGUUUGGUGGUAGGAUGGCCUCGUUGGCAGUAUUGUAUCAUGUAUUCUACAUUCGUAGACGAUCAAAUCCGCUCGAACCGUUGCCCAGUGCAGAAGCUGAUAAGAACAAGUGGUGUUAGUUGCGCUCCUCGCUCGUAUCGUGUACUGAUAACGCGCUUUUGAAGUUCUCGUCGUCUCGCGUCGUUCGUUGUUAUGUGGUCUAUUUGAUCUUUCAUUUUUCGUUUUCGUUUUGAAAUACAAAUUAUUACGUCGCUCGAUAAUAUGCUUCUUCGUAGAAGCGUUCGCGUUACUCGUGUAUCCAUAUGAAAGAUUCACCAUCAUCAUUAGUAGCAAGUAGUGCUGGCUCAUCAAGCUCGUCAACCUGACAUCCGGGUCCGGGUAGAUCGUACCUAAUGCGGCACGAUGAACGAUUACCUCUCAAACGAACCUUUGAAUUUGGUGAAAAAGAAGACCAAGCCGAAACCAGUAGCUGUCGUAGCUCCUUCAUCGGUCAGCGAUGAUAAACAGCACGAUUCGAUCCCAGCCACGGUCUCAUCGAGAAACGAUCAUCAUGAAAUCAAAGAAGAAGACGACUCGGUCAGUACCAAGUAUCCGGCUACUGAUACGACGAGCCGGAUACCCGAAGACUCGAACCAGCAAUCGAAAAACGGUCUGGCUGGGUUUCUGGGCGCAUCUUACGAUCCGAGCUUUUUGACCAAUCUGUACGUGAACAGCCUGAUGACAGCUGGAUACCUGAAUAAUAAUUAUCCAUUCGCGUACUCCUAUAAUGGGUUCGGGUCCGGCGGAGGCGGCGGUAGUGCAGCUUCGCCCCAGCUCAACGGUGGUAAUUUAUCCAGCCUGUGGGCUCAGCAAAGGUUUUGGCAAAUGGUACAUUGGCACGAGGCGCAGAGAAAGGCCGAAAUGGCGGUGAAAACUGCGGCCGAUGAUAGCGGCGUGGAGUCGAAUGGAGGUGGCGGUGGAUCUAAUGUGCCACUCGGUGAACCCCUAAAAGUUGCUAUACCCUCGUUUAGCAAUAACUCUGAUCGAUCUGAAACCAAAGAGUCGCCCAAAAAGGUACCUAAGAAGAGGAAGCAUUCGAUGAACAGGUCAUCCGAUCAUAAAAAUUCCUCAAACGAUAGCUCAAAAUUACAAGACUCGUGUCACAAUACAAAUAGUCAAGAAAAGAAAAAACCGCACAUUAAGAAACCGUUAAACGCUUUUAUGCUUUAUAUGAAAGAAAUGAGAGCCAAAGUCGUCGCCGAAUGUACGCUAAAGGAAAGCGCUGCCAUAAACCAAAUAUUGGGAAGAAGGUGGCAUUCGCUGUCAAGAGAAGAGCAAGCUAAAUAUUACGAAAAAGCCAGGCAGGAGAGACAGCUACAUAUGGAGUUGUAUCCGGGCUGGAGCGCCCGGGAUAAUUACGGUUACGGCACAAAGAAGAAGAAACGGAAGAAAGAGCGAGUUCCAAUCGUCGAUGCGGGAGGAGGUAACAAUAUGAAGAAGUGUAGGGCGAGGUAUGGAUUAGAUCAGCAGAAUCAAUGGUGCAAACCAUGCAGGCGUAAAAAACGUUGUAUUCGAUACGUAGAGAGCGGAGACUCCGGAAACCAGUCGGAAGAUAAUUUGGGCAGCUGCGGUAGCACGGGCGGCGAUACCCGUAGUCCGGGAGACGAAGACGGAGAGUCGUUGCAGCAGUCAGUCUCCAGUCCGGGAGGCUACAGCGGUCUUUCCAACCUAACCAGUCCCCCCUCGAUGGUGUUACAAAGUCCGAACAGUCUGGCUAGUCCUUCGGUGACCAGCAUGGCCAGUCCGGGCCUAAGUCUGCAUAGUCCUUUGACGCCGCAUCCGUUAGACUACGAUUGUCCGCCGACGAAUAAACCGCCGCCGACGCCUUGUAUUCCCAUACCGUUCCAUUUAUUCGGUCCGGUACAGCCGCCCAGGCAUCCGGUCGGCACGAAUCCGCACGAUAUAAAUAAUCCACUAAGCGUUAACCAAUUGACCGGCAAGUGUAUCAAGAAUUCGCCGUCGUCUUCCAGCAUCAGUUCUUCUAGUUCGAAUGCCACCAAUAAAGAUUCCAGAUCGGCCAUACAAGUCACGUAGCAUACGUAAACCGUGCACGAUGGCUGUACCAUCCUUCGUCGUGUAUCCUGCCCCUGCCCUGCCCCCUGUUUUCCUUUUCCUCUCGUUGUACCGACCCCUAUCCUGUCCCUCCUCGUCCCUCAUCUUUCUCGUCGAUUUGUUGAUAUUACAACUCUACAAACUGGGAGAUCUCCGAGUCAAUGCGUCGUGUAGGACCCCGCAAAUUAACGCAGCGUCUGUUACCAUCUCCCCCAAACCCCCCAUGUAUUGUGAUUAAGGUACCGUGUGUUGUAUCCAAGGAUCGUCGAUCCUGCACUUUCAACUAUUAUAUAUUUUCAUGUUUUUUUUUCUCUUCUUCUAAAGUGUACACGCGGUACCGUCUUUUUCUUUUUAUAAUGUAAUAUUUUGUCCGGUAUGUGUUUUUUCUUCUUCUUUCCUCUUUUUUUUUUUUUUUUUGAAGUCUUCCUUCGAUCCUUAUAUAACUGUGUUUUUGUUUUGUUUUUUUUUCUUCUUUUUUAUUUAAUCGUAUUGUUCGCCGGAAAAUAAGCGCGACUGGUCUUAAUGGCUAAAUAUUGUUACGUGUUUUCCAAAGUUUUUUUUGCGGUAAUUUUUGUAUAAUUACGAAUUUAUUAUUUUUUUUUCUCUUUUCAUUGUCGUAUGUUCUGCGUAAAUUUUAAGAUGUACAUUUCGUUCGCUAUUUACGCUUAAAUAUGUUUUUUUUCUUUCUUUCUCCUUAUUUUUUUUUCAUUUUUACUUUUCUCUCGUCUUUGUAUUGUUAAUUACGUUGUGUUCCUUUUUAGUUUUUUUGUCUUGUUUUUUUAUUACGUUUUAUUUCUUCUUUUUUUUUUCUAUAUUUUAAUUAUUUUUAUUACGAUGUCGGUCUCAUGAUUAUUUUUAUUUAUUGCCCUGCGCGUAGCGAUGUGGAUUGUGUGGUCUUGAGAGGAUGUCGACCCCCCCCCUCCUUUAUUUUUCCCAUUCCUUGGCCCUUUGUUUUUUUUAACGAUGGGUGCUAUAUUUUUAUGAUAUUUGAACUUAUAGUUCUUUUUUUAAAUAUGUAUUGUAAAAUUAAAUUCAAUUGUAAUCGUAUCAAAACACCUUUUUUUUUAAAAAAAAUGGAUUUUUUGAAAUAAUUUUGUUGACAAAAAAAAGACUUGAAGAAUUCAAUUUUUGGCAUUUUUGAUGAGAAAUUUUUUUCUAGGAUAAAAAUUUGGUAACACUGUUUCAUUUAGUCGUAAACGAUUGAACUUGAAAAUUGUAAAAUCGUUAACGAACGAAGUGAUUCAUUUUUGAAUCCGUUUCUGAAUCCAGUUACUAAUUUUCCGAUGAAUAGAUAAUUGAAUCGUUCGCGAACGAUUUGUUCAUAUUGUGCAUGAAUCGUUUGCGAACGAAAUGAUUCAAUUUUAAAAUCAGGUUCUAAAAUCAUUUUUUUUUAAAUUCUCCAUUGAACAAUGAAAUCGUUCGUGAAUGAUUCACUGAUGAUGUAUACGAAUCGUUCACGAACGAAAUGAUUCAUUGUUGAAAUUUUGCUCAAACCAUAGUACGAGUAUGUACUCCCCUUGCAUUGAUAAUGAAAAUUGAAGUCGUUCGGGAAUGAUUCGCUCAUAAUUUAUAAUAUGAAUCGUUCGAGAACGAAAUUAUUCAAUUUUAAAAUCUGUCUCUGAAACCAUUUCUUUGGUCUUUUUCGAUUUUUUCCGUUAAAUAAUGAAGUCGUUCGUGAACGAUUCGCUCGAAGUGUCUGUGAAUCGUUCACGAACGAAAUGAUUCAUUUUUAAAAUCUUUUUCAAAUCAGAGCACUUGAUCCGUUGAUGAAUUUUAUUUUUAUCAUUCGUGAACGAAAUGAUUCGCGAACGACCUGAUUUAGUUUUUGAAAUCGUCAAGUUUUUUAUGGGAUAACUAACUCGUUUCCAAACAAUUUGUCCAGUCAUUUUUACGAAUAGUUUGCGAACGAUUUUUGUCAUCUCAACCAACAAACGUUUUUCGUUCAUUUUGAGUGAUUUCGAUUCAGUUAUUCGAAUACCACUGGCUCGAAAAUUUUCGAAAUAGUUCGUAAACCGAUUGAUUCAUUUCCCAAAAUGUAAUUUUUCUGUUAUUUUGUCGGAUGCGAUAGGAUAAUUGAUUGUUUGCGAACGAUUUGCUUGCAACUUUCUCAAGUCGUUUGUGAACGAUUCCUUUCGUUCAGAUUUUCUAAGUUUUUUCCGCCAAAAAUUUCGAGUAAUUUUGUUUCCAUCUCAGACGUUUAGGAACUAUGCAAUUCAUUUGAAAAAUUUCAAAAUAGCUCGAGAACGAAUUGAUUCAUUUCGUAAAAUAAUAAUUCCUCCAUUUUUCGUGAAAUAAUUUGAUCGUUUACGAACGAUUUGUUCAAACUUUUUGCAAAUCGUUCGUGGAUGACGUCUUGUUUCGCCCGGUGAAUCAAAGUUUUCAUUAAACCCAAUUUUCGUUCAAGUGGUCGCGAAUGAUUCACUCGUGAUUCAUUUUUCAAUAUCGUUUGAUUCGGUACGAGUUGAUUUUUUUCAAAUCCCUGCUCCCUGCCUAAAAUAGUAUCGUUCGCGAAUGAUUCUUAUGGUACCCAUGAUUCACCUUUUCAAAAUUAUUUCGUACUGUACGAAUUCGUUCUUUUGUACCUUCAACUGAAUCGAAUCAAUUGUUCGCGAACUGUUUGUUCGAAAAUUUCUCAAGUUGCUCGAAAAUAUUAACUUUUUUUACCUUGUUUUUCAAGUUGCAGUUCUUUUCGUUCACUUGAUAAGUCGUUCGCGAACGGUUUAUUUAACAUUUUGAUCAUCGUUCACGAACGAAAUGAUUCAUUUUGUUCAAAAUUAAUUCCAGGCAUUAUUAUUCAGUAGGUAAUUUUUUCCAAUCAUGUUCAUUUGUGAACGAUUCGUUGGCAGUUUCCACGAAUCGUUCGCGAACGAAAUGAAAAAUCAUUUUUCGUCAAGUACCGAUUCCGUUCAUUUUUCUAAAAAUUAUUUCAGUCAAGUAUAUUCGUUCAUGAAUGAUUCAUUGAUAAGUUCUCUGAAUCGUUCCCGAACGAUGUGAUUCAAUUUUUUUUGUCGAGUAUCAAAUUAUCAAUUCCGUAUAUUCUUCCCAAAAUUCUUUCAGAUUCCUUCACGAACGAUUUCUCAUCAAGUUCUGUGAAUCGUUCGCGAACGAAAUGAUUCAUUUAGUAGAUUAUCAAUUCCGAAUAUUUUCCAUGAGUUUUCGAUCAAGUACAUUUAUUCGUUCGCGAACGAUUCGUUCGAUAUUUCUGAAUCGUUCGCGAACGAAAUGAUUCAUUUAGUAGAUUAUCAAUUCCGAAUAUUUUCCAUAAGUUUUCGAUCAAGUACAUACAUUCGUUCGCGAACGAUUUGUUCGAUAUUUCUGAAUCGUUCGCGAACGAAAUGAUUCAUUUUCAGGAUAAUCAACUUGGAACGAUCUGUUUGGUAAUUUUUUCAGUCAACUCAAUUCGUUCGCGAAUGAUUCAAGUCGUUCGUUAUCAGAAUCAGUGUUACCAAUCGAUUUAAUUUUCGCAUCGUAAUUUUCUCUCCUUUUGUUCACUUUCAACCCUCGUAUCGAAACUGAAAUAGAGUCGAUACGUGGCCUGGUCCCAAAAAACUACCCCUCGAAAAAAAAACAAAAUUCAACCAUUCGCGACACCUCGACCUUGCUGACUACGCAAUUUCCAUUGCCUACAACUAUUCCUACCUCUUGUGUUGUUUUUUCUCUUCAUUUUAUUUAUAUUAUUUUAUGUACUAUCGUGUAAAAAACCAUAUACGCAUACAUAAGAACGAGAACGUAGGAGAAAACGAUGAUAUUCCCAAGUACGAUAUUUUAUCCGCAUUCGGGUCUCUUAAUUUUCGGGUAAACUUGAACUGAUGAAAAUUCCAAAUGAAGGAGGGGCUCACGAAGGCACUCGACAGUUGCAUAACUUUCAUUUUAAUUAAAACUCCGCAACACCUGUUAUUUUUCAAAGCACAACGAUCGCAGGUUGAUCUGAUAAGUUUCAGAAGUUGAGUCGGGAAGGGGGUGGGGGUCCAAUACUAAACGGUGCCAUGCGUAUAAAAUAUUUUACACGUAAGAUGUUUUAUUGUUUAAUUUUUAACUUAUUAAAAAAAAAUGAUGAUAAAAAAGACGGCGCAGGAAUCACGAAAAGUGAUGUAUUGUGUGAUAUUAAAUUAGAAGAAGAUAACUUUCAAAAAAAAAAAAGAGUUAUUAACGUUAAGUUAUA